UCAAUCAGAUCAACUGCGAGCAUCCUCCGAGGGCCAGACAUCAGGACGCUCGAUCACACUGGGACGAUUUCUGUGCUGUUCAGCUGCUUGUUUUUGACAUUUUCUGCGAAUAAAAAAGAAAAACACUGGACCAUCAUUAACAUCAUGAAGGAAAGGAGAAAUACACAGCCGCUGGUGGUGAGAUGUAAACUGGUUCUUGUGGGAGACGUUCAAUGCGGAAAAACGGCGAUGUUGCAAGUCCUGGCGAAGGAUUGUUAUCCAGAGACCUACGUGCCCACGGUAUUUGAAAACUACACAGCCUGUCUGGAGCUGGAGGAGCAGAGAGUGGAGCUCAGUCUGUGGGACACUUCAGGUUCUCCAUACUACGAUAAUGUGAGACCCCUGUGCUACAGUGACUCAGACGCAGUUUUGCUGUGUUUUGACAUCAGCCGCCCAGACACUGUCGACAGCAGUCUGAAGAAGUGGAAAACUGAGAUCCUGGACUUCUGUCCGAGCACACGUAUCCUGCUCAUUGGCUGUAAGACCGACCUGCGCACAGAUGUCUGCACGCUGAUGGAGCUGUCCAAUCAGAAACAGACUCCCAUCACCUAUGAGCAGGGUUCUGCUAUGGCCAAGCAGCUGGGUGCAGAGGCUUACCUGGAGUGCUCAGCGUUCACCUCGGAGAAAAGCAUCCACAGCGUGUUCCGCACCGCAGCGAUGGCCUGCAUCAACAAGCUGCAGCCUCUCCCAAAGUCCAGCCCCACCCGCCGUCUCUCCAAAAGACUUCUCCACCUGCCCAGCAAGUCGGAUUUGCUCUCCUCCACCUUCAAGAAGGAGAAGGCCAAGAGCUGCUCGGUCAUGUGAGUGGAGACCUCUUGGGUUACAGUCAUCACAUGCAACCCCAAGCCCCUGCCUCUUUGGUCUCGGGGAAGGGGGUGGGCACGAUGGUUUUAUCAGGGGCUUCCUGCUGAAUCCUUCCCUCACCCCCCCGGAAACCAAACACCCAUCAGAAGAGGUGGACACCUCGCUGUCCACUUGCUCCUGAACCUUUUAGCGCACAUCUUAUUCCACAAUUGUUUAUCUUGCUUUCGAACAAACAAUAUCCGUCAAGGUUUGAUCAUCGAGCUAUCAUUUUUUCACCUGUAAACAGUAUGCAACUACAAUGGUGUUACAUCUGUCUGAUUUUACUAUCUCUAGGCACAUGUUGAUUUUGUCCAAAUUGGAAAUGUGCAACGUGUGACGUUUAAUCUUGUGAUGUAAAUGCCUCUCAGACAAUUCAAUGGAUAUUUUUCUAAGUACAAAAAUAUAUCUAGCAUGAAACUGUCAGGAAUUAGCAAAAUCCUGUACGUCCCUCUUAGUAAGGUAUGUGAGGUGUGAAAUAGCUUGUCGCUGGUGUCCCCAUUUAGGCCUGUGAAAGAUGUAGAGGGAGUAGUGGGACAAACCACAGUGAGAGCUAUUACAUAGAGAGCUGUUCUCAUUGUCUCAGUGGUGAUGAGAGCAGGGAUAAGAGCUAUGAGCGCAGGCUGCUGUGCAGACAGCAGUCUAGACUAUUUCAACCUGCAUGGAUUGUUGAUGCAUGGUUGUGUAGCUCUGGACAGCGCUGCUCCGCAGGCUUUCAGUGGACUAAGUGGAGGAGGCGAGGAGGCUCUGUGUGUACAAAAUGAAAUGAGGACACACAAAAAAUGAAUGGAAGUUUAGUCUGGCUUCCGGUAUCUCUGCUGUCACAGCUGGAGUCUAUUUUAAAAUACUAUUUUGGUGAUGGAACAGACACAUUUUACAGUAAAAGAUAAGAAAAGAUGCUUUUGUUGUGACCAGGAGCAUAAACAGUUCAAUGCCUAGCUGUCGAGUGUUGUUAAUGAAGCUGUGGCUGGUUACUGAUGCCAGUCAAAGUAUUAUGAGGCAUAUUUAAAAGCAUAGGAUAACGCCUGCCUAAGGCAGGCUGACUGCAAAUGUGAAAAUCUGGUUUGUAGAUUAGAAAAGAUUUGUAGCAUUGUGUUGUUGAGAGUUUUUCAACAAUUCUCAAAUGGUAUGCAGUUUUGAAAAAUGCCUUUCAUAUCAUAUUCCCAGAAGUCAUUGAGAUUUUUUGACUACUGUAAUAUGCCUGUGGAUUUCUCUCGUUUGCAACAAUCCAAUGUAGCACUCCCAACUUGACUCUACUCUUCCAAGAUGACUCUAGUUUUUGUGUCGUACACUCUUGUUAAUGUAUUGACCUCCAAUAAGCAGCACUUACUGUAGGUUACAAUGACUACGGAGCAAAAAUUGGACCCUUUUGUGAGCUUAAAUCAUUGGCUUCAUGGUUAUAUGUGUGUGCAGCAUUGAUCUCUGUGCUUCUAACCAUAAAGCAAUAAUGAUUUAAGUGCUUGUGAUGCAAGGUAACCUGUGUGGCAAUAAAGAUGCAGCUUUGUGAUUACUGUCAUGCUAUAGCGCUCCAUGGACAUCCACAUAAUAGACUGAAACCAUCUCUGCUGUACAAAGAGGCUGCUGAUCUGCGUUUGCCCCUCCUCCUCCGUGUAAGUAGCCACUGGUAUAUAGAAUAACCAAUGAUGAUGUUGUGCUAUGAAAUAGAUCAGAGCAUGUGAAUAAGAGGGAACAACGCUCUUUGAGUUGGAGAUGCUAGAAGUUGCUUUCAAUUUUACAUCAUCAUAAUAAAAAUAUUGAGGCAGUAGGACUUAAGUAAACUGCUUGAGUGAGUUGACAGUGCAGUAUAUGGUUUUUAAAUUGGAAAUCCACUUGGAAACAUUCAAAAGUCUAACAAUCAUCUUGUGAAAAGGGCUAGUGUGUGGAAAAAAGGAAAUAAUGUGGGACUAAGGAGAACAAGUAAUCAAAAUGCACAGGCUGGCCCUGUCCAAAGAAAGCUAUUUUUCCAUUAUUUGUUUUCAUGGUUGCUGUGUAUUUAGUUUUUUCUUUUUGGUAUUUAAAAGCAUGAUGUGAGUCCCGGUGUUAUUUUGGAAAUAUCUCACUGAGAUAGUUGUAGCGUCUUUAUGGAGCUGUGGAGUGCCCCCGGUAGUCACAGGAACUUAUAGUGGUGAUUUGCACAAAGGCUUCCAGUUCAUGGUCACACACCAAAUUCCUCAGCAUUGCCUAGCAACAAUUCAGCGUAGGAAGCAGAGGCUGGCUCUUGGGUUGUUUGUGUGGAUAGAGAGGGUUGGCUCACAAGCAGACAUCCCCACAUCCAUUAUUACGGCUUCAGUUAUGCAUUUAUUGCCAGGCUUGUUCAAAAAAACAUUUCUUGAUAUUUUUCUUUGGGUUAGGGAGCUGAUGCCAGGCCCUCUGAAGAUGAGAUAGAUGGGCGGCUCACAGACCAUGUCAGUUAAUAUGCAGCCUUUGUGUUAUAGUCAGUGUGUGGUACAAUGGUGCAGUCAAACUCCUAAGCAUGUCCUAUUGAAGUUGUAUGAUUGUACAUACAGUCUCUUGUUUUAUAAUCAUUGUAAGACAUCUUGAAGGAUGUCACAUGAAAAUAUUGUUGAUGUGAAUAUUUAUUUGGUAGCUUUUUUUUUGCCUUUUUUUGAUUGACAUGUACAUUUGUUUAAAAUCUAUUUUGGAAAAUUGACUUUUUUUUCCUUUUUUUGUUUUUGCUGUGUUAAAUAAAGCUUGCCUUGUCUGGCACCUUUGAA